AUCACUAAUUCAAUAUAGGGGUCAGACCUUCGAACGUACGAAGGAGAGCCGUUUCAGUACAAAUCAUAGAGAUCUUUAUAUAUCCUUUAAAUCAUCGCUCACGAUGUAGUCACCGCACAUAAGUUCGUGCACUGACACCUACAUUUAAUUCAUACAACAUUAUUUACAUCGAUACAGUUAAAUAUAUAUACAGAAAUUACAAGUGUCGUGUUACAGAAGUGUCGAAGUUUUCGUGAAAAUGUGUCGUUCGCUAUUAAUCGCUUCGUUCGUAUUAUUUUUGGAUGAAAUUAUGUGUUAUAUAAAUCUGGCGGACGUGGAGUGCGGCGUGGACGUGGCGAGGACUGCUCGAAUCGUCGGUGGCGUUGACAGCUUACCGGCCGAAUUCCCGUGGACUGCCAGUAUAUGGCGUCAAGGAACGCAUCAGUGUGGGGCGACCGUCAUCAAUGACAGAUGGCUGUUGACAGCUGGCCACUGCGUUUGCAGUGUAUUUGACGAGUUCUACAGAACAAAGCAACUGUCAGUUGUGGUUGGGUACACGGAUAUCUCAUCCAGAGACGACAGCGAGCCGCUGUCCAAGAUUAUACCACAUCCGGAUUACCAAUGCAACAAGAAAUCCAAUGACGUGGCCCUCUUGAAGACAGCGAGGAGGUUACAGUGGUCCUCGGAACUGAGACCAGCUUGUCUACCAAAAUUCUUGUCUGAAGACUUUAGUGGAUCCCUGGCUACUGUAGCCGGUUGGGGAUUUACUGAUGAGAACAGAAACGAGGGGGAUCGAUCCAACAUACUCCAAAAGACAGAAGUGACAGUGGUCACAAACGAUCAAUGCAACCAAUGGUAUCAAUCACAGGGCAGCAAAGUUAAGAUUAUUCCUACCCAAAUGUGCGCUGGCUAUGAAAACGGGGGAAGAGACUCCUGCUGGGCCGAUAGCGGCGGUCCUCUUAUGGUGAGAGACGACAAAAAGCACACAAUGGUUGUCGGAGUUGUAUCAACAGGCAGUGGUUGCGCGCGUCCAAAGUUGCCAGGCGUCUAUACCAGAGUCUCGAGGUAUACAGAUUGGAUCGUCCAAAGUAUAUCCAAUGAGAAUUCCAGAUCCGGUUUAAGUUGGUAUCCCAGAUUCGGAUGAGAACGAUAAUAAUGGCAGUAGCGUUAUAGUAAAAAUAGAAGAAUUCGAACAAAAAACUGAUAUGUUCAAGAUAAGCAUGCAUUUAAGUUCCGAAGAGUGAUAUUCGAAUCUUUGAUCUAUUGAAAUAUAUGGAGAGUGGAAGAUCUUCCCUUUGUCAUUUCCAAAACUGGCUCCACAGAACCAAGAAUGACUAUCACCCCAAACAAAUAACGCACCAACUAUAGCCUUCAGACUUAUAUUAUAAAGGUGGACUGCCGUGAUAGCAACCGUCCCACACUAAGACAACAUCGCAGCCUCAACAGACUCAUCAUAGCUGACUCACCGCGAUUUACGAUCCUGUAGCGUCCUCCUUGCAUCAUCACAUCAUCGGCCCAUUCGUAAACAGAAUCAUCAACUCCUGGGUUCACUUUUCCGGCGAGGCAGUUCUGUAAUACGUGGAAUACUUACGGCACUGACGCAGCAUUGAUGUUCCCUUCACAACAUUUCAAACUGACACUGGCAUGCUAAUCUCAGUAGGGGCAACGGCUAUUUAUUGGGACAAUCUCCGACCUCUGAAGGAACUGAUGUAGCGAUAACUAAAAUGAAAUAGAAAAAAAAUCCGCAAAACCCAAAUUGUCUAACGAUAUUUUAAAAAUAAGCUUGCAUUUAAAUAUUACGAACAUUUGGGUCGUCGUUCGUAACAAAAGCAUCCGCUCGGUGGAAGAUCGUCCCUUUGUUCUUUCUUACCGAAAUUCUAAUAUAAUAUUUUGAAUGACGAAGACGAGGUUCGAAAAAAAAAGUCGCCUAUAGUGACUUUUAAGUGGUAGAUCAUAAGGUUAUUAAAAGUAUUAGUAGGUAGAUGUGAAAUUCAACAUAAGCACUUUAAUUAGAUGAAAAUCUGGCAGUAACAUUUUCACUGGCAGAAUACUUAAUAUCCAUUUCCAAAUAGCUGUGAUGACUAAAAAUGAAUACAUUGUCUGAAAAUAUUACUUGAAUUUAAUUAAUGCAUACGUAUCGAUAUUUAUAUUUUCAAACGGCCAGAUCUUCAAUGUAUGAAUUAUUGGAAUCUAAUGAAAUGAAUAUGACAUUUUUUUUACAUUCAUAACCAUCGCAAAUCCUAAAGAAAAAAAAGUCAUUAAAAGAAUAUCAAUUAAAACGGUCUGGUAAAAAUUCCAUAGGUGAUAAACGCAUUGGAGCUUUGUAAAUUUCAAAAAAAAAAAACUAAAUGUAUUUGAAAAGACUUAACAGUCUUAAUGUAUUCUUUCGAAUUAUUAUGGAAAAUAUAGGUAUACAAUAUUAACAGAUUUCCCAUUUUAUUAAAAUAUUAUUGUAUCUAUUAUAUAAUAUUUAUUCAAAGAUAUUACUGUGAUACUAACAUUUAAGCUUAGAACUAGUUACAGAAUUAAUAAAAUAACUCUUUACAAAA